AUGAGUCUAACUAAAUCACCAAUCAAAAAUAUUGAUGAACUUUUGGAGGAAGUUAAAAAAAAUGAAGGAAGAAGAAUAUUUAUCCUCUUCUGUGGUACACCUUUACCAGAUGGGACUAACUGGUGUCCUGAUUGUGUUAAAGGUGAACCAAUAGUAAAAGAAGCUCUUAAAAAAUUGCCAGAAAAUGCAGUUUUUCUAAAAGUAGAAGUUGGAGACCGAGCUACUUGGCGUGAUCCAAACAACGUGUUUAGAACUCAUCCAAAAUGUCGAAUAACUAGCAUUCCUUCACUGAUCGAGUUUAACACUAUGAAAAGAUUGUCAGACAGAGAAAUUAUACAACCCGGUCUUGUCGAGCUGAUGUUCGAAGAUUAG